UUUUAAAAGUUAUUCCAUCAUGAGGUCGGGCCUGAAAAUUGUCGUUAUUUUAACCAUUCUGUGCUUAAUCAUCUUAAAACCCAGUGGUCCAGUCGUCUUCAAACUGACAAAUGUCAUUUGUGGCAGCUAUAAUAAAACCUGGGUUAUCAUAAAUCAAUGCCGAUUGAAGGCGAUCAAUCGCCAUAGGACCGUGUUCAAUUUCAAUGCCACCCUCCUCCAUCCAACUAGUAAUAUCAAUGUUCACUACCAAAUGUUUCAAAGGGCGAAUGGCUAUAAGCCCUGGCUUAUAAAUUCAAAGAUCGAUGGAUGUCGGUUUCUUCGAAAGCCCUAUGAUGCCCUUGGAAUAUUUAUGUUUAAUAUUUAUAAGAACUUCACUAAUGUCAACCACACAUGCCCGUUGCAAGGUGAUCUUCUCGUAAAGAACAUGUACUUGACCACAGAUGCUAUGCGACUUCCCCUGCCCACGGGUGAUUAUUUACUGGCCAUUCAUUGGAUAUUUUAUGGAAAACCCCAAUUUGCCACGAAUGUUAGUUUUCAAUUUGUUGAGGACAUAUUGUGACAUGAAAUUUAAAUGC